AUGAGCUUGCUGGCAAUCAACACAGUCGAUCGGCUGGAUCGGCCCAGUGCCUAUUACGUUGGCAAGGCGGGUGCUAAUGGAAAUGCGCAGAAUAAGCGACGCAGAUAUAAUGACCGGGAUGAUGAGAAGCCAAAAGAAGAAGAUCCGACAGACAAGCUACGUAAUGCCACUACGCUCUAUGUGGGCAAUCUGUCCUUCUACACUACUGAGGAACAGAUCCACGAACUUUUCUCAAAGUGCGGCGAGAUUAAGCGCCUUGUCAUGGGCCUCGAUCGGUUCAACAAAACCCCCUGCGGAUUCUGCUUCGUCGAAUACUACACCCACCAAGAUGCUCUCGACUGCAUGAAAUACGUUGGAGGUACCAAGCUGGACGAGCGAAUUAUUAGAGCCGAUCUAGAUCCCGGAUUUGAAGAGGGCCGCCAAUAUGGACGUGGCAAGUCUGGAGGGCAAGUGCGUGACGAGUACCGUGAAGAAUACGAUCCUGGCCGCGGUGGUUAUGGCCGUGCAUAUGACGAGCAGCGUCAACGGGAGGAGGAUGAGUACGGCGCCGGCCGGUAG